AAACAAAAGCAUCCCAUAGGAUCAGUGCAAACGGCAAUACAAAUCCCCUGUGACACCUUCAAAGAAUGAUUUGAAUCUGAAUAUGGACCCAAUUUAUGUUUAUCCAAAACCAUCUUUAGUCCUAUUAUAAACCUAUUUUUUAGUAAAAUUAUUAGUAAAUCUUUUUAAAAAACAGGGGAGAUAUGGAUGCUGCUGAUCAAGAACCCCCAAAACCAAGAAUUGUCAAGAUUAAUUCAACUGAAACAUGGGAUUCCCAUCUUCAACAAUCAAAAUCUGAUGGAACCCCUAUGGUGGCACAUUUUACAGCAUCAUGGUGCAUCCCUUCUGUAGCCAUGAACCCUUUUAUAGAAGAGUUGGCCUUAGUUUUCAAUGACAUAAUCUUUCUGACUGUUGAUGUUGAUGAUUUUAAGGAAAUAGCAAACAAAUAUGAGGUGAAGGCAAUGCCAACAUUCUUGUUGAUAAAAGAAGGUGUUGUAGUUGGGAGACUAGUAGGAGCCAAUCCAGAUGAGAUCAAGAAAAGGAUUGAGACCCUUCUUCAAUCCAACAGUCAGUUUGUGGUCUAGUGCUACUCUAACAAGUACCAUGAGUUUGUUUUCUUGUACAUUCCUAAUCAAUGUGUGCUGCACAACAUGGUUUGUGGACCCUUUGUGAUUCUUGUUUAUACAAAACUUUUUGUGAGAUUGGUUUGUGUUCACCCAAUUUGAUAUUUUGUGAGUGGUACAUAAAGCAUAUUGUCAA